AUGUCUAGCUCAAAUGGAACUCCUCAGUUUACUAACAAUUUUGUCCGAGAACCAGCUCGAGAUCCUUCAGGAGCAGGAAACAAUAAGGUAACACGUGAUGCUUCAAGGUCAGCGGUAGCAGAAAUAAGAAGGUUGUCUAGUAUGUCUGGGAAGAAGGAUCUUUCAGACUUACAAAUUCCAACCAUAACGGAAAAUGCUGAAGAUGUUACUGAGGAAGGAUUCGGUUACAAAAAAAUGGAUGAAAGAAAGAAUUCACGUAAUUGGAUGGAUCAGCAACGUAAAAACAUACAAGCUUAUGAAUACUUAUGUCACAUUGGUGAAGCAAAAGAAUGGAUUGAAGCUUGUAUAGCAGAAGAAAUUGAUCCAAUUGUAUUAUUGGAAGAAAGUUUAAGAAAUGGGAUUGUGUUGGCCAAAUUGGCUAAAUCAUUCGAGCCAUCAGUUGUUAGGAAAAUAUUCAUGUCACCCAAGUUACAAUUUCGGCAUUCGGAUAACAUUAAUUUCUUUUUUUUAGCAAUUCGAAAAGUUGUAGGAAAAUUAGAAUUCACCGAUGAACAAAUUCAUACGACGCAAAGAGGAUUGGCUGCAUCGGGAAUUGUAAUGCCAAGUUUCGCUAAUGUUGGUAUGGCAUUGGCAGCAGAACUUAAUGAACCAAUUUUCGAAACUGGUCAAUUACAAGAACCUCAAGAACCUCAAGAACCACAGGAGACUGAAGAAGAACGCAAAUAUUGGGAAGAUAAUAAGAAUGUUCUUAUAAAAUGUCAAUCAUAUGUUAGAACACAUUUAGCACGUAAACAAUUAUUGGAUCGUAGAGCAUUAUAUCAAUAUUCUAUGCCAUUUAUAAUUGCUUUACAAUCUCAAUGUAGAGGUUGGCUGGUGCGCAGAGAAUGGAAUCAACGAUUGGAAGAACUUGAAAAAUUAGAAAGAUGGUUAAGAAAGUUACAAAAUUUAUGUAGAGGAGCAUUGGCUAGACAACGAUUUAAAGACAAACGAGAUUAUUUUCAAAAAAAUAUCGAUAAAGUUAUUAAAAUUCAAAGUUUAUACAGAGCUAAACAUGCUGGAGAUGCUUAUCGUAGUUUAACUAUGGGAAGUAAUCCUCCAGUUGGAACUAUAAAGAAUUUUAUUCAUUUGUUAAAUGACAGCGAUUUCGAUUUCGAAGAAGAAAUUGAACUUGAAAGACUCAGACAAGCAGUGAUUCAAAGAAUUCGCGAAAAUAAUCAAUCAGAAGAUUUAUUAAAUCAACUUGAUAUUAAAAUAGCAUUACUUGUUAAGAAUCGUAUAACAUUAGAUGAAGUAAUAGCAGUAGCGAAUUCAAAGAAACGUAAUCGAAGACUUUCACAGUUGAAUUCAUCAUCAGGACCAUUUUCAUUAAAAUCUUUAGAUAAAGGAUCGAGAAGACGGCUUGAAUUAUAUCAACAAUUAUUUUAUAUAUUACAAACACAACCAAUGUACUUAGCAAGAUUAUUUUUUAUAUUAAAUAAAUUAGGAUUUCCGGAAAAAACUAAAAGAUUAGUUGAAGGUGUUGUACUUACAUUAUUUGGAUAUGCACAAAAUGCUCGAGAAGAAUAUUUAUUACUUAAAUUAUUUCAAAAUUCAAUGAUGGAAGAAUUAGAAAAUAUAGACUCAUUACAAGAAUUUUUACGUGGAAAUUUUAUGUUUGUGAAAUUAGUGGUACAUUAUAAUCGUGGGGCAAAGGAAAGAAAAUUUUUAAGGGAAUUACUUGGACCUUUAGUUAAACAAGUAAUUGAAGAUGAAUAUAUGGAUCUAGAAUCCGAUCCUUUAAUUAUUUAUAAAGCCUUAAUUAAUGCGGAAGAAUCAAAGACCGGUCAACCUUCUAAACGUCCUAUUGAUAUUACCCAACAAGAAGCCUUAAAUGAUCCCGAAACUAGAACUGUAUUUAUCCAUCAUUUACAACGAUUAAGAAAAGAAACCGAUAGUUUCUUAACCACUAUCGCUAAUAAUCUUGAGAAAAUCCCUUUUGGCAUAAGAUACAUCGCAAGAGAAUUGAAAAAAUCGUUAAUGGCUAAAUUUAGUAAUGAAAGUGAAGAUAAUGUUAUUAAAGUUGUCGGUCAUUUAAUUUAUUAUCGUUAUUUAAAUCCUGCCAUCGUCGCCCCUGAAGGAUUUGAUGUAAUCGAAACAAUUGUUACUCCAAUGCAACGUAAAAAUUUAGCAGAAAUAUCCAAAAUGCUUAAUCAAAUUUCAGUUGGUAAAUUAUUUACGGAAGAAAACAUGUAUUUACAACCAUUAAAUGAAUACGUGCAAUAUGCUUCCGAUAAAUUCUCAAAUUUCUUUAAAGCUGAUGCGGAAACGUAUUUUGGUAUCGAUGAAUUUGAUGAUCUCACGCGUACAAAUAAACCUAUAAUUUACAUUUCACCAUAUGAAGUAUUCUCAAUGCAUGAACUUCUUUUACAACGCCUAGAUUCAAUAUCUUCACAACCAAAUGAUUUAAUUCGACAGAUCCUUCAUGAUUUAGGUGAUGCACCGCCUAUUAAUGAAAAUGACAAUUCGGAUUCAAAUACCAAAGAGAUAGCACUUACGUUGGCAAGUAGAUUAUCAUUGGAUGCAAUGAAAGAACCUGAUUCAGAAAUCAAACAUUUAUUUGUUGAAACAAAACGUUAUAUAUUAAGUAUAAUGAAAGUGCAAAAUGGAAAAAAUUUAUUAGAUAUUUUGGUUAAACCAGUUACUUUACAAGAUGAGCAAGUUUAUCAAGAAAUUUGUAAAAUGGAUCAAGAAAAACGUAUUAAACACAGUCAAAAUUUAAAUAAUAGUGUGAAUAUUGCUGGAGGUUUUAAUUCAAUUUCAAGAUCAAAUUCUGUUUCAACCACAUUAAGUAGUAGUAGUGGUGAUCAUUUAAAUGAUAUAUCUAAAAUGAAAUUUUUAGAUUUAAAGAAACUUACUUUACAAAAUAUCUUAAAAUUAGAGACUGAAAGAAAAGUUACAAAACAAAAUAAUUAUCAAGAUUUUCUUAAUAGUAUCGCCGUUGAUAUUAGGAAUAAACAUAGAAGAAGAAUUCAAAGACAAAAAGAAUUGAGACAAUUAAGACAAACUCUUGUGAAUUUAGAUGAGAAAAGAGCUCAUUUAGAUGAGCAAAUUAAAACUUACAAUGACCAUAUCGAUGUUUGUAUGCAACAAUUAUCAACCAAGAAAGGCAAAAAAUCAAGACUUGUUCUCCCAUUUACACGGCAAUACUUCCAUAUAAGGGAACUUCAAAGGUCAGGACGUGUACCACAAUUUGGUUCAUUUAAAUAUACAGCACAAAGAUUACAUGAAAAGGGUGUAUUAUUAUCAAUAGCGGGUUAUUCAACAUUUGAUAAAAUUAGUUUUACAAUUUCCUCUGAUGAAGUUGGUAUCUUCAAAAUAGAAGCAAGUUAUAUUGGUGUAAAUGUACCUGAAAAUAAUAUGAAAAACAAUAUUCUUACAUUAAACCCACAAAUAUUUACUACUUAA